AUGGCCAGUGUGUCUGAUUACAAACAGACACCUUUUCUUAACUGGAAACUGUUUCCCGAUUUUGAACUGUUAGUCACUCAGGCUAAGCCAGCUAUUGCAGUUCCUGCUUUUGAAAAGUUGAUUGGUGCCGCUAAAGACCAAUUUCUCGAGAUUGAAAAAAACUUCGAGCCCACUUAUGAAGGCACGAUUGGAAAAUUAACCGAGCUUGAGGAUCAAAUUUCAAGAGCCUAUGGUAUUCUUUCUCACUUGAACGGUGUCAAGAAUUCAGAUGAUGUACGCGCUACACUUGAAAAGAUCCAGCCAGAAUUCAUCAAACUUAGUCUAUUGAUGAACCAAUCUGUGCCUAAAUACAAGGCAUUAGAACAACUUCGCAACACACCUUCAUCAUGGCAACAAUUGGAUCCAGUACAACAACGUAUUGUAGACCAUACUUUGCGUAGCAUGAAACAUGCAGGUAUUGGAUUUGCUGAAGGAUCACCCGAAAAGAAACGCUUCAAUGAGAUUUCUGAGCGACUGUCUCAGUUGUCUUUGAAGUUUGGUAACAAUGUGUUAGAUGCUACGAAAUCAUUUAAGCAGAUUAUUACAGACAAACAACAAUUGGAGGGCUGUUCUUCCGCCUUUUUGGAUACUUUAAAAAAGAAUGCUGAACGUCAUGGUAUUCAAGAUGGAUACUGUAUCACACUUGAUUUCCCUAUCUAUGGACCUUUUAUGAUGAACUGUAGCAACCGAGCAUUGCGUGAAAAGAUUUAUCGAGCCAAUAUAACUAAAGCAUCUGAAGGAUCAGUGAACAAUGAGCCUAUUAUCAAUGAAAUCUUGACACUCAAGCAAGAAAAGGCUCGUUUGUUGGGAUACAAGACACCUGCUGAUUUCUCUUUGUCUGUCAAGAUGGCACAGACAUUGCCUGCAGCAGAAGCCUUAUUGGACAGCUUGUUUGAUGCUUCUGUCACACAUGCUAGAAAGGAAUUGGCUGACUUGACAACAUUUGCUCAAGAGAGAUUGAACCAUCCUACUCCUUUACAGCCCUGGGAUACUGGUUAUGUGACAGAACAAUAUAGAAAAGAACUGUUUAAAUACGACGAAGAAACGAUUUCUGAAUACUUUGCUUUCCCCAAGGUCAUGAAGGGUCUUUUUGAUGUGGCUCAUCAAGUGCUUGGUAUUCAAGUGCGUGAGUUAGAACUUUUUGAAAUGAAAGAAAAAGGCAUCAGUCGCUGGCAUGAAGAUGUCAAAGUAUACGAGGUAGCUGAAGAGGGUCAAGUAAAGGCUUAUUUCUAUGGUGACUUUUAUUCUCGUCCCUCAGAAAAGCGUAGUGGUGCCUGGAUGGAUGUGGUGACUACACGCUUCAAGCAAGCCAAUGGAGACGUGACUCUUCCUGUUGCUUAUUUAAUCUGUAACCAACCUGCUCCUCAAUCUGCUGAACAACCUUCUUUGAUGAAAUUCCGUGAUGUAGAGACUUUGUUCCAUGAAUUUGGUCAUUGCUUACAACAUAUGAUGACCACCGUGGACUAUGCACCUGCUUCUGGUAUAAAUGGUAUCGAGUGGGAUUUUGUUGAAGUAGCUUCUCAAUUUAUGGAAAACUUUUGCAGCGAGCCUGAAUGGAUCCAUCGUCUCUCUGGUCACUAUAAAACAGGCGAAGCCAUUCCUAAAGAUAUGGUAGAUGCACUUGUGAAGAACAGACAAUUCAUGAGUGGUUUGGCUACACUUAGACAGCUUCAUUUUGCUAAAGUAGAUUUAGCUUUACAUUCUCGCUUUAUACCUCCUCAAUCAGCCACUGAUCCUACUGUGUUUGAUGUCGAUGCAGAAAUUGCUCAACAGACUGUGCUUACACCUCGAUUGCCAGAAGAUCGAUUCCUCUGUAGCUUUAACCAUAUCUUUGGUGGUGGAUACAGUGCUGGCUAUUAUAGUUACAAAUGGUCUGAAACCUAUUCUGCUGAUGCUUAUGCAGCAUUUGAAGAAGCUAAGGCUAAGCAAGGAGAAAAAGGUGUUAAAGCAAUGGGCAAACACUACCGUAAUACUAUUUUGGCAUUAGGUGGUGGUACUCCUCCUCAACAAGUAUGGAAACAAUUCAGAGGUCGCGACCAUGUAGAUGUGAAUGCUUUACUUGCUCACUCUGGACUAGUUUAA